AUGGCGUCAAGUAAAGACCGAUCUAAGGAUGAUGAGAUAUGCAUCCCUCACGACUUCGUCAGGUCCGUUCAAGGCUGGGACGAUAGAUUCAAGCAACUUCAAGACAACAACGAGUGGUUAGCGCAAAUUGACCAGAGACUUUCCGACUCGGAACUGUCUAUUCUUCGUCACGCUUUCCUCACAGAUGGUCACAACUUCAUCUCUUUCUUGACCGAGUACCUCAAUGCCGUCAAGUGGCAGGAAUUCAUUGUCUAUGUAUGCACCCAGAGAAUUAAUCAUGUCCCAGUUUUGAUGCACUUAAUCUACGAGGCUUCGCUCCGAUCGCGUGGUACAGAUAUACAAACUUCUGUAGGAACUGAGCCAACAAACCCAGUCUUCAACCACAAGAUUGGUAAUUUGAAGGAUAGCAAACUACUCCACCAAGGUUGCAUCGAAGCAAUUCGAAACCGAUAUUGCGAGUCCAGUAACCCGGUUGACGAGAGUGUGGCAUUUUAUAUCCGACGUUCUUACCUCACAGGCCAAUUGAAUGGGGCUUCGGGCGAGAAUAUAGUCGAUGAGAUCGACAGUUUGAAGCAGCUACAUCGAAUUGUGGCACAGGAACGGGAUCACUUCGCCGGCCUGACGAUCGAAACAUCUACGGAAGCAGAUGCGCUGAUCACGGAACUUGAGGAUGACAUGAACCAAGUCGAUCGCACUCACGUUGAUAACAUGACAUUCGGUUAUACCGACACUGUGGCCACAGAUGAGCCCACUUUCUUGUCAUAUUCGCGACGCUGGAAUACCAUCGGGAAGAACCUUUGUGAUCUCGGUUUGCGUGUGGGAGCUGACGUACCCCGAUGGCCUACACAACCCAAACAAUGGACCAUAAUCACGGCACUCAAAGCUGUUAUCAACAACGAGGGCCCAGGUAUCAACGUCAUGCUAGCGCGCCUCGAAAAGUAUCAAGUUCAGAUACAGAAGCAGCAGCAAGUCAUCACAGCUCUGCAAUUCCGUCAUCUUCUAGAGCAUCUACCUGCAGGUAUUCGUGAUCGAUGGCUAGCGGGGGCGAGCAGCAAGUCAGAUGAAGUCAGCCAAGCUUCACAGUGGGACAGGAUGAAAGAAGUUGAGAAGUGGCGAGAAUUUUGGUCAGAAUCCGUGAGGCAGAUCUUCAAGGUCUACAAAGAGAAAGGUUCAGAUGCAUGGGAAGGCAGUGAAGGUCACGAACCUAGUCCGUUUGCUAACCUUUUGAAGUAUUACCUUGGCAAGGCGUUCAAGAAAAACAGUGAACAAGAAGCAGUAAGGUUUCUGGCUGAUGAAACUGACAUUGGAGAACGGGCGAAUAAGCUAUACAACACUCUCAGUCAGAUCAUCCACCAGUAUUCGGAUUCAAGCUUUGAAGUUAAUCGACUCAACUUCAGCCCACUCGAUGCGCACAUUUUGACAGCUCUAGUCCCAAAGAAUGCUAGGCAUGGCGGGCGCAAUCAGACUCCUAUCAAAGAUGAGUCCUGGGCACCCCUUGACGAGAAGGCCGAGAUCGUUGCAUGGAAGAAGGAGUUCCGGAGAUACAUAUGGGAGAAGCCAGCAGACACUCAGAUUACAACGAACACUUCCGACAAAGAACUGCUGGAUCGCCUUGAAGGCAUGUGGAAGUGUCUACUAUCGAAGCCCCCAUUCUCAGCGCUCUUUCCAAAAGACCUGAACAUCUUAUCGGCCAUUUCCGAUGCCGACGCUGGCACAGCUACCGUAACUGCAACAUUUCUCCUUGCUAAAAAGCACAUCAAUUCCUGUAACAUGAUUCACAACGCCGUGUUGUCGGCAUUCUUUGACGCCAUCGGGCGUAUGUCUUUGAUGGCUGCGGGGCGGGGAGUCACGAGCGAUCGUGUAAGCCUGAGUGUGGAGAGUUCAUUUCUGGCCCAUCCAGGAGACGAGGUUCAGGUUACAGGGACUCUGAUGCGGGAUGAACAGGAGCAAACCUUCUCAACUACGAUCCACAUGAAGACUGCAAGUGAUACUGAUGUUGCAAGCGGGUACUUUAAGGCUUAUGGAGUUCGAGAGACGAAUGGAUCAGAAGCUUACGAUAGUAUGAUCUAG